ACAGACAGACGGUUUUAUCAGAUGAAGUGGGUCAGUUACUCAGAGGAAGAACAAACACUUUACUGCACCUGAACAACGCCCCCUGCUGGACCAGAAGACUGCGUGCGCACGUGUGUGUGUGUGUGUGCGCACGUGUGUGUGUGUGUGUGUGUAUGUGUGUGUGUGAGAGAACAGCUGGGUGUGGCUCAAGCCCUGCAGGUCAUGAGUAGCAUAAAGAGCCAAUUCGGACAGGAUGUGGAGAAACAGGGCAUCAAACUGCCGAAGAAAUGGAACGACACCAGCAGUAAGAUCUCCACAGACCGGACCAUGGUGGUGGGAGGGGGUGUGGCUGUGGGAGGAGGGGGUGUGGCUGUGAGUGGGGACUCUUCUGAGAUCCCUCGCAAGCGUAGACAACGCUACGUCGAAAAAGAUGGGAAGUGUAACGUGCAUCACGGCAAUGUGCGUGAGACAUACCGCUACCUAACGGACAUUUUCACUACGCUCGUGGACCUGAAGUGGCGCUUUAACCUGUUGGUGUUCACGCUAGUUUACACAACCACGUGGAUCUUCUUUGGGCUGAUCUGGUGGCUUAUCGCGUACGCCCGUGGUGACCUUGAGCACGCAGAUGAUGGAGAGUGGACGCCAUGCGUGGCCAACCUCAACGGCUUCGUCUCAGCUUUCCUGUUCUCAAUUGAGACGGAGACGACCAUUGGCUACGGCUACCGCGUCAUCACGGAGAAGUGUCCCGAAGGCAUCGCGCUGCUGCUGGUGCAGGCCAUCCUGGGCUCCAUCGUGAAUGCCUUUAUGGUGGGCUGCAUGUUUGUGAAGAUCUCGCAGCCCAAGAAGCGCGCUGAGACACUCAUGUUCUCACAGAAUGCCGUCAUUUCAAUGCGUGACAACAAACUAUGCUUGAUGUUCCGUGUAGGAGAUUUACGCAACUCGCACAUCGUGGAAGCAUCGAUCCGAGCAAAGCUGAUCCGAUCCAAACAGACAAAGGAAGGAGAGUUUAUCCCGCUGAAUCAGACCGAUAUCAAUGUGGGCUUCGAUACUGGUGACGAUCGGCUCUUCCUCGUGUCUCCGCUCAUCAUCUGCCACGAGUUUAAUGAGAGCAGCCCGUUCUGGGACAUCUCGCAGGAGCAGCUUACGCGGGAAGAGUUCGAGAUCGUUGUCAUUCUCGAGGGAAUGGUGGAGGCUACAGGGAUGACGUGUCAGGCACGCAGCUCGUACCUGGACUUGGAGGUGCUUUGGGGAGAGCGCUUCACCCCUGUGCUCUCUCUGGAGGAGGGAUUCUACGAGGUGGACUACGACACCUUCCACCAGACGUACCCGACUCCCACUCCCAUGUGUUCAGCACGUGAACUUGCUGAACUCGCAAAAAAAGGGGAGGACAUCCCUCUCCCACCACUCACUCCUCCCAUCCUGAACCAGAACCCAGAACCCGGAGAACGAGAGGGGGAUGAAGGAGAGGUGGAGAGCAUCAGCAAUGGUGAUGUGAAAAAAAUGGAGGCUGAAUAUUAAACAUGAGGGAGAAACAUGAACACAAACCCUUCCUGUAGUGCACACUACUUAGGGAUGUUCUGUCCCAUUACAUCACAACACCUGUUUAGAUUUUCUAGCAAUACUAGAACACUUAUUUUCAAAUCACUCAGUUUAUCUUCUCUUCAUCUCAGUGAUCACAGCUGUGGCCCAAAUGCUGGUGUUUAAUAGAAAUAAACAUAUCGGUGAGUCAGGACUUUAUAGACCUCCAUGUAGCCUAAUAAUGAAAAGAGAACACAUUUGGAACACAGCCUAGCAAACUCUGAAUAUCAUCUUAUAUUUAUACAUAUAUAAAAAAACAUAAAUAUGAUUUUAGUCACCAUGUGUGAGAUUUCCCUGAGCAAGCCCAUUCUGCUGAAAACCAUCAUGAAGCAUCAUUUCAUUUUUGGGAAACAUUUGAUCCGGCUCAUUUCUCCUGAACUGAACAGAAGGGUUAAAAUGUGCUGAUGCAGACUUUGUGCUUAUUCAGCUAUUUACAUGAAUGCUGUCUUUUCAAAAUUAGGAGUGUUACACUCAGACAAUCCACAGAGCAACUGUAGGAUCACACAGUGUCUCAUUCAUGAUUAUAGACUAUUAUAUGAUAAAGAUGUAAUAAAGUUCCUUCAGUAUGUGUUCCA